GAGCGGAUAGGGAGGGGAACUGAGAAGAAGUCGCUGUCUGGCUUUUCCCCUUGUUGAAAAAAAAAAAACCUAUCAGGAAUAACCGAAACAACUUCAACAAUUCUUCCUUUUCAAAGUCCGAGGGGCCGCCGGUGGGAGUGGACUCACGCGCUCAGCCAGAGGAAACGAUAAAGCCAGAGCUCAGCAUCUGACGGGCAGGAGGGCUGUCACUGAACACCGCUUUACAUCAGGUGUGAGUUGGGUGGAGGUGCAGAGCAGCAAUCAUGGUGGCCCUGUCCCUAAAGAUCGGUGUGGGGAACGUGGUGAAGACCAUGCAGUUUGAGCCCUCCACCAUGGUGUACGACGCCUGCCGCAUCAUCAGGGAGCGAGUUCCUGAGGCACAGCUCGGCCAGCCCAAUGACUAUGGGCUGUUUCUGUCCGAUGAAGACCCAAAGAAAGGCAUCUGGCUGGAGGCGGGGAAGGCCCUGGACUACUACAUGUUGAGGAAUGGGGACACUCUGGAGUACAAGAAGAAGCAGAGACCCCUGAAGAUCCGCAUGCUGGACGGCACCGUGAAGACCGUCAUGGUGGACGACUCCAAGAUCGUCAGUGACAUGCUCAUGACCAUCUGCGCCAGGAUAGGUAUCACAAACUACGAUGAGUACUCACUGGUGCGAGACAUCGGUGAGGAGAAGAAGGAGGAGACCACAGGCACGCUGAAGAGAGACAAGACUCUGCUGAGAGACGACAAGAAGAUGGAGAAGCUGAAGCAGAAGCUCCACACAGACGACGAGUUGAACUGGUUGGACCACGGCCGGACGUUGAGGGAGCAGGGAGUGGAGGAGACGGAGAUGCUGCUGCUGAGGAGGAAGUUCUUCUACUCGGAUCAGAACGUGGACUCCAGAGACCCGGUCCAGCUCAACCUGCUCUACGUACAGGCCCGUGAUGACAUCCUGAACGGCUCUCAUCCGGUCUCCUUCGAUAAGGCCUGUGAGUUUGCGGGCUAUCAGUGUCAGAUUCAGUUCGGAGACCACAACGAGACCAAACACAAGCCUGGAUUCUUAGAUUUAAAGGAGUUCCUUCCCAAAGAGUACAUCAAGAACAAAGGAGAGAAAAGGAUCUUCCAGGCUCACAAAAACAGUCAGAACAUGACGGAGAUCGAGGCCAAAGUCAGCUACGUGAAGCUGGCCAGAUCUCUGAAAACCUACGGAGUGUCCUUCUUCCUGGUCAAGGAGAAAAUGAAGGGCAAGAACAAACUGGUGCCUCGCCUGCUGGGCAUCACCAAGGAGUGUGUGAUGAGGGUCGACGAGAAGACCAAGGAGGUGAUCCAGGAGUGGAACCUGACCAACAUCAAGCGCUGGGCCGCUUCGCCCAAGAGCUUCACCCUGGACUUCGGGGACUACCAGGAUGGGUAUUACUCUGUGCAGACCACUGAGGGGGAGCAGAUCGCUCAGCUUAUUGCCGGCUACAUCGACAUCAUCCUCAAAAAGAAAAAGAGCAAAGACCACUUUGGCCUGGAGGGAGAUGAAGAGUCCACCAUGCUGGAAGACUCCGUGUCACCCAAAAAGUCCACGGUGAUGCAGCAGCAGUUCAACAGGGUGGGGAAGGUGGAGACGGGCUCCGUGGCGCUGCCUGCCAUCAUGCGCUCCGGAGCCGGGGGUCCAGAGAGCUUCCAGAUGGGCUCCAUGCCUCAGGCCAAGCAGCACAUCACCAGCGGACAGAUGCACCGAGGACACAUGCCUCCUCUGACUUCAGCCCAGCAGGCUCUGACAGGAACCAUCAACUGCAGCAUGCAGGCGGUGCAGGCUGCCCAGGCCUCUCUGGACGACUUCGACACCCUGCCCCCCCUGGGAACGGACGCUGCAUCCCAAGCCUGGCGCAAGAACAAAAUGGAUGAGUCCAAACAUGAGAUCCACUCCCAGGUGGACGCCAUCACAGCCGGCACAGCCUCCAUGGUGAACCUGACUGCAGGCGACCCAGCAGAGACGGACUACACGGCGGUGGGCUGCGCGGUCACCACCAUCUCCUCCAACCUGACGGAGAUGUCGAAGGGAGUGAAGCUGCUGGCGGCGCUGAUGGAGGACGAAGGAGCCAACGGGCAGCAGCUGCUCGGCGCCGCCAAGAACCUGGCCUGCGCCGUGUCCGACAUGCUGAAGACCGCCCAGCCGGCCAACACCGAGCCUCGUCAGAUCCUGCUGCAGGCUGCAGGAAACGUGGGCCAGGCCAGCGGAGAGCUGCUGUCCCACAUCGGAGAGACGGACACUGACCCUCAGUUCCAGGACAUGCUGAUGCAGUUGGCUAAGGCUGUGGCUAACGCGGCCGCAGCUCUGGUGCUGAAGGCUAAGAACGUGGCUCAGAAGACGGAGGACUCGGCCCAGCAGAACCGGGUCAUCGCUGCAGCCACGCAGUGUGCCCUGUCCACCUCACAGCUGGUGGCCUGCACCAGGGUGGUGGCUCCCACCAUCAGCUCCCCAGUGUGCCAGGAGCAGCUGAUCGAGGCGGGGAAGCUGGUAGCCAAGUCAGUGGAGGGCUGCGUGGAGGCAUCUCAGGGGGCCACCCAGGACGAGGGGCUCCUGAAACAGGUGGGCGUGGCUGCCACCGGCGUCACCCAGGCCCUCAACGAGCUGCUGCAGCACAUCAAGCAGUACGCCAGCGGGGGGCAUCCUAUCGGACGCCACGGAGAAGCCACCGACCGCAUCCUGGAUGUCACAGAGAACAUCUUCAGCUCCAUGGGAGACGCUGGUGAGAUGGUGCGUCAGGCCCGUAUCCUCGCCCAGGCCACCUCCGAUCUGGUCAACGCCAUCAAGAUGGACGCAGAGGGAGAGUCCGACCUGGAGAACUCACGCAAGCUGCUGUCAGCCGCCAAGCUGCUGGCUGAUGCCACCGCCAAGAUGGUGGAGGCUGCGAAGGGUGCAGCAGCGAACCCCGACAGUGAGGAGCAGCAGCAGAAGCUUCGAGAGGCCGCUGAAGGUCUCCGCAUGGCCACCAAUGCUGCCGCUCAGAACGCUAUCAAGAAACGGCUGGUCAACAAGCUAGAGAACGCAGCCAAACAGGCAGCAGCAGCGGCCACUCAGACCAUCGCUGCCGCCCAGCACGCUGCCUCCUCCAGCAGGAACCAGGCGGCACAGCAGCAGCUGGUCCAGAGCUGCAAGGUGGUGGCAGAGCAGAUCCCUCAGCUGGUUCAGGGGGUCCGGGGCAGCCAGUCCCAGCCUGACAGCCCGAGCGCUCAGCUGGCUCUCAUCAGUGCCAGCCAGAACUUCCUGCAGCCUGGUGCUAAGAUGGUGACAGCCUCGAAGGCCACAGUCCCCACCAUCGGGGACCAGGCUUCAGGCAUGCAGCUCAGCCAGUGUGCUAAGAACCUGGCCAGUGCUCUGGCGGAGCUCCGGACCACCUCACAGAAGGCUCAGGAGGCGUGCGGUCCUUUGGAGAUAGAUAACGCUCUGUCCAUGGUGAGGGGUCUGGAGAAGGAACUCCAGGAGGCCAAGGCUUCAGCUGAGGCCGGCAAACUGAAACCCCUGCCAGGAGAGACGCUGGAGAAGUCCUCUCAGGAUCUGGGGACCAGCACCAAGGCAGUGAGCUCAGCCAUGGCCCAGCUGCUGAGCGAGGCCACGCAGGGCAACGAGAACUACACCGGCAUGGCGGCCAGAGAUGUGGCCCAGGCUCUGAAGUCGUUGGCCUCAGGGGCCAGAGCCGUCGCUGCCACCACCAACGACCCGGCGGCACGCAACGCCAUGCUGGACUGCGCCGGCGACGUCAUGGACAAAUCAGCCAAUCUGAUCGAAGAGACCAAGAGGGCCAUCGCCAAGCCCGGAGACCCAGAGAGUCAGCAGCGACUCGCCCAGGUGGCUAAGGCAGUGUCUCAGGCCCUGAACAGGAGUGUGAACUGCCUUCCCGGCCAGAGGGAUGUGGACAACGCCAUCCGCUGUGUGGGCGAGGCCAGCAAGGCUCUCCUGUCUGAUUCUUUCCCGUCCAGCGGCAGAAGCUUCCAGGAGGUGCAGGGUCAGCUCAACGAGGUGGCGGCCGGUCUGAACCAGUCAGCCAACGAGGUGGUGCAGGCCUCCAGAGGGACCACCCAGGACCUGGCCCGGGCCACCAGCAAGUUCGGACAGGACUUCAGCAACUUCCUGGAUGCCGGUGUCGACAUGGCGGGAACAUCCCAGUCUAAGGAGGACCAGACCCAGGUGGUGUCCAACCUGAAGACCAUCUCCAUGUCCUCCAGCAAGCUGCUGCUGUCAGCCAAGGCCCUGUCCACUGACCCCAGCUCCCCUAACCUGAAGAACCAGCUGGCAGCCGCCGCUCGGGCAGUGACAGACAGCAUCAACCAGCUCAUCACCAUGUGCACGCAGCAGGCCCCGGGUCAGAAGGAGUGUGACAACGCUCUCAGAGAGCUGGAGUCUGUCCGGGGGAUGCUGGAGAACCCGACAGAGGCCGUCAACGAUCUGUCCUACUUUGACUGCAUCGACAGCGUCAUGGAGAACUCUAAGGUCCUCGGUGAGUCCAUGGCUGGUAUUUCCCACAAUGCCAAGAACUCCAACCUGCCGGAGUUUGGGGAUUCAGUCAGCGGGGGCUCCAAGGCUCUGUGCGGCCUGACGGAAGCAGCUGCUCAGGCUGCGUACCUGGUGGGAGUAUCUGACCCCAACAGCUCAGCCGGUCAGAAGGGUCUGGUGGAUCCUGCUCAGUUCGCCCGGGCCAAUCAGUCCAUUCAGAUGGCCUGCCAGAACCUAGUGGACCCCUCCUGCACCCAGUCACAGGUGCUCUCUGCAGCCACCAUCGUAGCCAAACACACCUCGGCCCUGUGCAACGCCUGCCGCCUGGCCUCCUCCAAGACCCCCAACCCCGUCGCCAAGAGGCAGUUUGUGCAGUCGGCCAAAGAGGUGGCAAACACCACCGCCAACCUCGUCAAGUCCAUCAAGGCUUUGGACGGAGCGUUUAACCAGGAGAACAGAGAGAAGUGUAAGGCUGCCACCGGCCCGCUCAUAGAAGCCGUGGACAACCUGACCGCCUUCGCCUCCAACCCGGAGUUCGCCAGCAUUCCCGCUCAGAUCAGCCCCGAGGGUCAUGCCGCCAUGGAGCCCAUCGUUGUGGCAGCGAAGACGAUGCUGGAGAGCUCCACCGGCCUCAUCCAGACGGCCCGCUCUCUGGCCGUCAACCCCAAAGACCCCCCCAAGUGGUCGGUGCUGGCAGGACACUCCAGGACGGUGUCGGACUCCAUCAAGAAGCUCAUCACCAACAUGAGAGAGAAGGCUCCUGGGCAGAGGGAGUGUGACGACGCUAUCGAGGUUCUGAACGGCUGCAUCCGAGAGGUGGACCAGGCCUCUCUGGCCGCCAUCAGCCAGCAGCUCACCCCCCGAGAGGACAUCUCUAUGGAGGCGCUCCAUGAGCAGAUGGCUGCCUCUGUCCAUGAGAUCAGCAACCUGAUCGAUCCUGUGGCCGUUGCCGCUCGCUCUGAGGCCUCCCAGCUGGGACACAAGGUGUCUCAGAUGUCCAGCUACUUUGAGCCCCUGAUCAUGGCCUCCAUCGGCACAGCCUCUAAGAUCGUCAGCAGCCAGCAGCAGAUGGCUGUAUUGGACCAGACCAAGACUCUGACCGAGUCCGCCUUGCAGAUGCUUUACACCGCCAAGGAGGCCGGAGGAAACCCCAAGGCGGCGCACAUGCAGGAGGCCCUGGAGGAGUCGGUGCAGAUGAUGAAGGAGGCAGUCGAUGACCUGGGGGCCACGCUGGCCGAGGCCGCCAGUGCAGCGGGGGCUGUGGGCGGCAUGGUGGACUCCAUCAAUGACUCCAUCAACAAAAUGCAAGACUCCCCGGACAUGGAGCCUGAAGGCACCUUCGUGGAUUACCAGACCACCAUGGUGAAGACGGCCAAGGCCAUCGCCGUCACCGUGCAGGAGAUGGUGACCAAGUCUAACAACAACCCUGACGACCUGGGAGGAUUGGCCAACCAGCUGACCAAUGAGUUUGGAAAUCUUGCAGAUGAGGCCAAAUAUGCAGCCGUGACCGCAGAGAAUGAUGAAAUCGGUUCCCACAUCAAGAAGCAGGUGGGGGAGCUGGGCUUCAGCUGCACAGGACUGGUGACCAAAGCUGGAGCUCUGCAGUGCAGCCCCAGCGACUCGUUCACCAAGAAGGAGCUGAUCGAAAGCGCCCGCAAAGUGUCCGAGAAGGUGUCCCAUGUGUUGGCGUCCCUGCAGGCGGGUAACCGCGGCACGCAGGCCUGCAUCACAGCCGCCAGCGCUGUGUCGGGGAUCAUCGCAGACCUCGACACCACCAUCAUGUUCGCCACCGCGGGAACCCUGAACAGAGAGAACGCAGAGACCUUCGCCGACCACAGAGAAUACAUCCUGAAGACAGCCAAGGCCCUGGUGGAGGACACCAAGCUGCUGGUGUCUGGAGCCGGAGCCAGUCAGGAGAGACUGGCGCAAGCUGCCCAGUCCUCCGUGUGCACCAUCACCAAACUGGCUGAUGUGGUCAAACUGGGAGCUGCCAGCCUGGGAUCUGAAGACCCAGAGACACAGGUGGUCCUGAUCAACGCAGUGAAAGACGUGGCUAAGGCUCUGGGUAACCUCAUCAGCACCACCAAGGCCGCUGCAGGCAAACCUCACGACGACCCCAGCAUGCUGCAGCUGAAGAACUCCGCCAAGGUGAUGGUGACCAACGUAACGUCCCUCCUGAAGACGGUGAAGGCGGUGGAGGAUGAAGCAACCAAAGGGACCCGAGCUCUGGAGGCUACCAUUGAACACAUCAAGCAGGAGCUGGCUGUGUUCAGCAGCUCUGAGCCUCCUCCGAAGACCACCACACCGGAGGAGUUCAUUCGCACGACCAAAGGAAUCACCAUGGCGACAGCAAAGGCGGUGGCUGCUGGGAACUCUUGUCGCCAGGAAGACAUCAUCGCCACGGCCAACCUCAGCAGGAGGGCCAUCGCCGACAUGCUGCACUCCUGCAAGCAAGCUGCGUACCACCCAGAGGUCAGCAAGGACGUCCAGAUGAGAGCUCUGCGCUAUGGCAACGAGUGUGCUUCUGGAUAUCUUGGGCUGCUGGAGCAUGUGCUGGUGAUCAUCCAGAAGCCCUCUUAUGACCUGAAGCAGCAGCUGGCCAGCUACUCCAAGCGGGUGGCAGGGUCUGUCACUGAGCUCAUCCAGGCUGCAGAGGCCAUGAAAGGCACUGAGUGGGUGGACCCCGAGGAUCCCACCGUCAUCGCAGAGAACGAGCUGUUGGGAGCGGCAGCCGCGAUUGAAGCAGCUGCCAAGAAACUGGAGCAGCUGAGACCCCGCACCAAACCCAAGGAAGCAGACGAGAGCCUGAACUUUGAGGAGCAGAUUCUGGAGGCGGCUAAGUCCAUCGCAGCUGCCACCAGCGCUCUGGUUAAAGCGGCUUCAGCGGCGCAGAGGGAGCUGGUGGCUCAGGGGAAGGUUGGAGCGAUCCAAGCCAACGCUGUGGAUGAUGGCCAGUGGUCUCAGGGUCUGAUUUCUGCCGCUCGGAUGGUCGCAGCAGCCACCAACAACCUGUGCGAGGCCGCCAACUCGGCGGUGCAGGGCCACGCCAGCGAGGAGAAGCUCGUCUCGUCCGCCAAGCAGGUGUCGGCCUCCACCGCCCAGCUGCUGGUGGCCUGCAAAGUGAAGGCCGACCAGGACUCCCAGACCAUGAAGAGGCUGCAGGCUGCUGGAAACGCUGUGAAGAGAGCCUCUGAUAACCUGGUGAAGGCGGCGCAGAAAGCAGCGUUUGACGCUCAGGACGACCAGGCUGUGGUGGUGAAGAGCAAGAUGGUGGGGGGCAUCGCUCAGAUCAUCGCGGCUCAGGAGGAGAUGCUGCGGAAAGAAAGGGAGCUGGAUGAGGCCAGGAAGAAGCUGGCCAUGAUCAGACAGCAGCAGUACAAGUUCCUCCCCUCAGAGCUGCGGGAGGACGGCCAGGAGCAGUGAGACAGAGGGAGGGGGGGGGGGGGGGGUCGGUGACGCAGCAGUGAUGAGUGGAGCGCUCGGGUCCUUCCCAAGCGACAUGUAGGGAGACUACAGGACAGCAUCACUGAACCCCACAGAGGGUUCCUUUCAAUCCGGUUCUGUAUUUAAUUCUUAAAGUCAAAAGUGAACUGAUGCCAAUGAUUAUACAUUUUGAUAAGACAGAAAGAUAUACGCCUUCAGUCCUUAUUAAGGUGCUUUUUGAUUAUAUAUGAUCACGUACUUUUCCAUAUAUAUUUUUUUUUGUACAUGCUGUGUGGCUUAACAAAAUCCUGCCAAUAAAUUCUGCUUCCCUGCCUGCUGUCACGUAUCAGAGAGACGGAGGAGAGCACGGUUAAGGUUUUCUAUGCAAAUUAUGCAUACUCUAUGCACAUUUUCUAUGCUGAUGUUUGUGUUGUGUGUGUGAGCAUGUUAUGAGGUAAGAGAGGCACAGUGUCUCCUUACCGGUGAUUAUGUUCAGUACUGUAUGUUACUUGUCAUACUGUAUUAAGGAAAAUGAAAUAAAAAGGUAGUUUUUAAAGUUUAGAUUUGGAUAAAAUACCUCAGUGGAACAAAUCCGAGUGGGAAACCUUAUUUUUCUAAAGAUGGAGCUAUGAAAUGUAUUAUAAAGGAAUCUUCCGACAAGGCGCCAUGAUAGUCAGUAUUUCCUCAGCUAUAGUAUUUAGGCCUUAGAUUAGAAUAUUUGUUUGUGUAAAGAUUAUGAAGCCAUAUAUUUAACUUUGAUACCUUGGACAUCACACUGACUGAAUUUGCUCGGUGUUUGUGUUAUCUGUGCCAAUAUGAGUGCCUGACGCAGUGCUUUAGUCUUUCCAGAGAAUUCCUGCACAGUACAAUCAUGGGUGCUAGUGUGAUUUAUGUCUCAUUAGCAGGACGUUAAGCUCGCUGUGCUUACAAAGUGCUUUUAUACAAAUGGUCAGGUGCCAUCAACAGACACCAACCACAUACCCCCUAGAUGCACUUCAUUUAAUAAUUUAUCAGACCCUCAAUUAAAUCCACCCUUACACCACGUGUGUACAAAGUCUUUAUGUUCUCUGACGUUACUCAGCAUUCCUUAUAGUGACUGUAAUCAUCUGUCUUUUUGUUCUUUUGCUCACAUUUUGCCUUCAAUUGCAGCAUCACCACCUCAUUGGCACUGUAACAGAUUUAUAUUCAAUAAAGCCAGUUUUCAGUGACA